AUGAAUUCGUCAAUUCGCGAUGUGUUUUUAUGUAUCAUUAAUGAUCAAUUUUAUUAUAAUAUUUUAUUGUUAAUUCAUCAAGCACGUAAUAUUAUAACAAAUUUUUUAUAUGAGCAAACCAAUGUUGAUCGAUACAAUCCACAACAUCUCACAUUAUCAUCAACAAUAACUACGAAUAGCGAAUCAUUACCAGAAUUUUCAUCGAGAAUGUCUAAUGAACAAUGGAUUGAAUGUAAUCGAUGGAAUGAAAUAAUGGCUUCAACAACGGCAAUACCAACAUCAACAACGUUCGUUUAA